CGUUGGUCUGCCGAGCAGGGCCCGGGCUGUGGCCUAGCGGCGGCCGCGCGGCGAUCGGGGCGGCCCGCGGGCCCCGCCCGCCGGGGAGGAUGAUGGCCGAGGACUCGCCCAAGCGGCGCAAAGCCAAUUUCAACGAGGCGGAGACCGAGGUGCUGAUCGAGCAGGUGCUGAAGCACGAGCAGAUGCUGUUCGCAGCGGGGCCGGGCCGCGCCUCCCCGGGCCAGAAGCGGCGGGUCUGGGAGCUGAUCCGGCACAAGGUGAACCCGGUGGCCGCCUGCCCCCGCGACGUGGAGGAUCUCAAGAAGCGCUGGAGGGAUCUGAAGCGGCGCGACCGCAGCAAGCUCUGCCGCCUCUCGCAGGGCUGCGGCCCCGCCGGCCACUCCGGCGGGCUCGGCCUGCUGCUGUGCACGGAGGAGAUGCCCCAGCCCGGCCCGCAGCCCGACCACCAGCGCGCCUACGGCUCCGCGCUCGGCCCCGCCGAGGCCGUGCCCAUCGUGGGCGGAAUCGACACGCUGGAUCUGCCCGGAGCCUCCGUGGUGGACCUCGGGUUUACAGAUGAUCCUGGUCCAUCCCACCAACCCUGUUUUGAGAAGAUGAACUUAAAAGAGGAAAUAGUAGUGAAGGUAGUGGAGCCAGAAGAAAGUUCUGAGGACAUGGCUGUGGUUCCACCUAGCCAGGAGCAACUGCCCUUUCUGGGAACAGCUGGGAGUGGUUUGUCUGGGAAAGUAAAAGCCAAAACAAAAGGCCGGUCUCAGACAGACCAAAAUGAAAUUACGGAAGAGGACCUAAUGCAGAUCCAGCAGAACCAGAUGCAGGUGAUCCAGUCUGGCUUUGACAGUGUCAACCACAACCUUCGGCUGCUGCAGCAAGGCAUGCAAGAUCUCAGCAACAGCCUCAGUAUUAUGGCACACACAUUGGUGGCUAUCAAAAAUGUUUAUGUGAAAAACAACACUGGCCCAACCACCUAUGCCACCACCUCUACUCAGACCACAGCAGGGUACCUGAGUCCUGGGUCUCCCCAGAUCUCCCCAGCUGAGGACAGAGGCAGAGCACAGGUGGCUGGCAGUAGCAGCAGAAGCAGUAGCUGCAGUUCCAGCUCUAUGUCUCAAGAACCAGGCCCUUCGGAAUUUCCUAGACCACCCCUGAGAACCAUUAAGAAAGAACAUCCAAAUGGCUGCUACUAUUUCUGUUUUGCAGAUGUGUAAAACUUGAAUAUAUGUAAAGUGACUGAUGUUAGCGGUACUGUUGUAUGCUCUGCUCCAGCCUCUGACUAUAAUGGAGCAAAUUGGACUUGCCUCCUGCUUUUUUUUCCCCAGUGGGGAAAGUUUCACAUUAGGUGGCAUUUGACACUAACUACCAAUCUCCAAUUUGUUAACACUAACUGUUGCAGUUGGUUAAUGUCUCUCUUCUGUUUUCUUCACCGUCUUCUUUCAAAAAAAAAAAUCAAAUUUAUUUUGACUAAGA